AUGUCUGCUGUUGUGCUCCUUGCUUCUGUUGUUGAUCCGCAUGUAGUUGCCGCUGCUACCAAAGCUCCUAUAGGCUUAAAAAAAGCUUACAAAAAGGUAAGGCUUUUUUAUAUUCAUUUAACAGAGACAGUGGUGUCAGAAAGAACAAACGAAACUAGUGGACCUGUGGCAGCUAAUGUUCGCCGUGAUGACAAGAAUGGAAAAGAAGUAAGAGGUGAAAAAGUUCACGCUGCUGCUGCAUCAACACUUUCAGCCGCCGCAGUGAAGGCAAAGCAUAUGGAGGAACAGGGCCUGGAAGUGCGGUUUAUAGUUCUGUCUUCGCUAGAUCAUAUUCUUCCAGCACCUCCUCCAAAACUUAAAAUACCAUACCCUUUGCAUUCGUCUCAGCAAGUUCAGUUCACUGCACCUCCAGACUUCGUAACUACUUCAAGCCCUUCUCAGUCAGUAAUAACCGCCGAUAAAAGACUAAAAAUGAACACUGACGAGAAGCCACCCAAAAGACUUCCAAAGUCCGCCACAUAUCUUCUGGCUUUAAUUACAAAAACCGCGAAGUCUAACCCUAUUUAUCCGUCUUCUGCGGCAUCACCCACAACCUUCGUUACUUCUCGACAGACGACAACGGCCGUUCCAGUCAAAGUUGUCACUACAUUCCAAUUUCGGACAGCAACUCUUUCUCCGACACCGAUCGCAACUUCCGUCGCACCAUCAGCUGAUGACUCCUUCAAAUGUCUCAUUGGGUCCUCCCCACAGCAGUCUGGACAGCAAGUUUUGUCACAGCCUCAGCUUCAGCAGUACAGCACUCGACCAAAUUAUCCUCCAUCCCAAUCACACUCGCAGUACUCUCAAAUCCCUGCACCCCAGCCGUGUUCGACGCAACGUUGUUCUUUUUUGCUGUCGUCGUAA